AUGAGAUUUAUCAGUAUAAACCCCCAGUCAUGGUCUUUAUCUAUCACCGCACGACAUUAUCACAUUGGGAGAGCCACAUCUGUCCACUCCGCCAUUCACCGCGGCUUGCGAAAGUCCCGAGGAAAAGCAUUCGUUGGUAAAGCCUACCCAAAUCCAGACGAUCCACGAGAAAAGUACAAGAGAAAGCAUGGUAUACCAGAUUUUUCAUCGGAGCCCCGCCGAAAGCCUUUCCUACGACAAAAAUCGAAUCGUGAUGGAAAGUACAAUUCUCAAACCCCAUUUACUACAGAUUGGAGAGAUAAGAGCAAACCUGGAUCAGGUCGUUCUUAUACCGAGAAUUUUAAUUCAUCCCAACGUCGACCUUCUGAUGACAAACUGGAUUAUUCCAGAUCACAUCAAGCGAACAACUUACUCCGACAGAAUCUAAAGGAUAAUAUUAUGCAGGAAUCAUCCUCGAUCCAGCAUAAUCGAGGAAAAUUUCAGCAAAGAGAAUCAUUUAAUUCGCAAAAAGAGCCGUCUUACAAGCAAAACUUCUCUAGGCCUAGACAUGAACCUAGCGACGGUCUAAAUAGAAGGGCAAUUCGGGCACAAAAGUUUGGAAAACGAGACGAUUCUCCAGUGGACAGGGAAACCGCUUCUGUAAACUCGUGGUCCUCCGAUAAUAAAUAUGAUACGAAGCCACGCAAUAACUUCUCCACAAAUUAUAAGCAAUACGAAAAGGAUGAUGUCAGAAAAUCGACAGAGACAUCAGAUUAUAGCAGCAGGACUAAAUCGCCGUUCAACUCGUUUCGACAUCAGAACCCGUCUCAAACACAAAGUCGUUACCGAGAACCAAAUAGAGAAGCAAUAGCUAAUCAGAAUGGCAGAUAUAACCGAGAGGGGCAGGGGAACACAACCUAUAAUCCCACGAAUACAACCUAUUCUUCCAAUGUAGCUAACUCUCGACCUAACACGGAAUUCUUUAACCCUAGAACUAAUACGUCAGACAGACCAGGAUAUUUUCCUGACAAAAAGAUGCCUAUCCCUUUGCAUUACACGACCCCCGCAUCUGAGUUUCUCUAUGGCUUCUCAGUCGUUGAAGCAGCUCUAACUUCUCGAAGGGAUAUACGGAGGAAGCUAUACAAGCUUUAUAUCUCCAGUGUAGAAAAUCGAGAGCUACUGGAGCAAGACAAACACCUCCAGCAGCUAGCAAAAAGCCAUGAAGUUCCAAUUGUACGAGUAAACGAAGAUGGAAUCCGCAUGCUAGAUAAGAUGAGUAACGGUCGUCCACAUAAUGGCUACAUUCUUGAGGCAUCACCUUUGCCAAAGAUUCCAGUCACAAGCCUAUUAGAGGUUACAACGUCAAAAGAUGAGCCUAGCUCUGAAAAGCCAGGCUUUAGAGUCCAGCUCGAUCAUCAGUCUCGUGAAGAAAAGGCUAUAAACGGAACAUCAGACUUUAUUGAAACUUUGAGAACAAAUCCAAAGCAUCAACCAUUGGUUCUUAUGCUCGAUAGUAUACUCGACCCAGGUAAUCUAGGUGGUAUUAUACGCACGGCUUCAUUUUUUGGUGUCUCGGCCAUUGCUAUCUCUUUGCGAAAUACCGUAUCUUUCACGCCUGUAGUACUCAAAGCAUCAGCUGGAGCAUCAGAGCACACAACUAUACUCUCAGUCGGUAGUCCGGCCGAAUUUAUUGCGGAAUCUAGAAACGCGGGGUGGAAAAUAUAUGCAGCUGUGCCACCAAUAGAUGGUUCGAGGUCAUCCCAAACUAUGUCUGUUUCUUCAAACGAAUUAUCUUCAAGGAAUCCUUUAGUCGAAGCACCAUCUAUUCUCAUGAUCGGAAACGAGGGGGAAGGGUUGCGACGUCUCUUGCGUAACAAAGCAGAUGUGGAAGUUUUCAUCCCGGGAAUCAAAAAUCCCGAGGUAAAAAGCUUAAAUGUAACUGUGGCAACUGGGAUUUUAUGCGACGCUUUCUUAAAGGAUCGGGAUGACCAUGAGAAUUCCCUGGCACCUCAGGAAAUUCAAACACUGUAUCAAAAUUUGGAGAGAAGCCGGUUGAAAGAAGAGGAAACAGAGCCACUUUUAUAUUGA